ACUAUUAAUUUUGGAAUUUUAAAAGAGAAACAUCGGGUUACUGUUUUAAAACAACAGCAUGGAUGGAGUUGGUGUUCUUCUUACAAGUGCUUGCUCAGGUUUCAGAGAGUAAUAAUCCAGAAGGAUGAAGAGUUUUGCAGCUAAGGUUGAGGAAGGAAGAGAAGGUACUAAUGGUGAGCUAUCUGUAGGUCCGGUAUAUCGCAACCUCCUCUCCAAAAAUGAGUUUCCUCCACUCGAUCCUGAUUUAAAUAGUGCAUGGGAUAUUUUCAGCAUGGCUGUCAAAAAGUAUCCUAAGAACCGUAUGUUGGGAUGGCGUGAAUUUGUUGAUGGAAAGAUAGGACCAUAUGUCUGGAAGACGUAUGAGGAAGUUUAUGAUGAAGUUCUGCAUAUUGGUGCUGCUUUACGAGCAUCUGGUGCUGAACCUGGCAGUCGAAUAGGAAUUUAUGGAGCUAACUGUCCUCAAUGGAUCGUGGCAAUGGAGGCUUGUUGCGCCCACAGCUUGAUUUGUGUUCCUCUCUAUGACACCCUUGGGCCAGGUGCUGUAAACUUUGUUAUAGAUAAUGGAGAAGUAGAUUUUGUGUUUGUCCAAGAUAAGAAGGUUAUACAUCUUUUGAAUCCUGAUUGUAAAUCUUCUCAACGACUGAAAGCGAUGGUCUCUUUCACUUCAUUAACAGAGAAAGAGAAAGACAAGGCCAUCACCAUUGGAAUUAAGCCAUAUUCAUGGGAAGAGUUCUUGCACAUGGGGGAAGAAAAUCCAUCAAACAUUUUACCACCUCAGCCUUGUAAUAUCUGCACAAUAAUAUAUACAAGUGGAACCAGUGGAGACCCUAAGGGUGUAGUCUUGGCCCAUGAAAACAUUACGGCAUUCGUAAGAGGAAUGGAUCUUUUCUUGGAACAAUUUGAAGAAAAGAUGACUGUGGAAGAUGUGUAUUUGUCUUUCCUCCCAUUGGCUCAUAUUCUUGACCGCACGAUCGAGGAGUACUUUUUCCAUAAGGGAGCAUCUGUGGGUUACUACCAUGGGGAUCUAAAUGCGUUGGCGGGUGAUCUAAUGGAAUUGAAACCAACGUUUUUUGCCGGGGUUCCCCGAGUUUUUGAAAAAAUUCAUGAAGGUAUCAAAAAAUCAGUGGAAGAACUCAAUCCAGUGAGGAGAACAGUUUUUGGCAUGCUUUACAAAUACAAACUUGCCUGGAUGAACAAAGGAUAUAAACACAGUAAUGCAUCACCUUUAGCAGAUCUGUUAGCUUUCAGAAAGGUCAAAGCUCGGUUAGGUGGGCGUAUUAGACUAAUAAUAGCUGGAGGUGCACCCUUGAGCUCAGAGGUGGAAGAAUUCUUGCGCGUAACUUCUUGUGCUUUUGUAUGUCAAGGCUAUGGUUUGACUGAAACUUGUGGGUCAACUACUCUUGCCUUUCUUGAUGAAAUGUGCAUGCUUGGUACUGUUGGUUCUGUAUCUGUAUACAAUGAAAUACGGCUGGAGGAGGUUCCAGAGAUGGGGUACAACCCUCUUGGAAGUCCUUCAUGUGGUGAGAUAUGUGUGAGAGGCAAAUCUGUUUUUACUAGCUACUACAAAAACCCCGAGUUAACAAGGGAUGCCAUAAGAGAUGGAUGGUUUCACACAGGGGAUAUAGCAGAACUGCAACCUAAUGGUGUUGUAAAGAUUAUUGACAGGAAGAAAAAUCUUAUAAAGCUUUCUCAAGGAGAGUAUAUUGCUCUUGAGCAUUUGGAAAAUGUUUAUGGAAUCACUCCAAUUGUUGAAGAUGUAUGGGUUUAUGGGAAUAGCUUCAGGUCAGCGCUGGUUGCAGUAGUGGUUCCAAAUGAAGAAAUUACCAAGAAGUGGGCAUUUUCAAAUGGUUACAUGGCUCCUUUCUUAGAACUAUGUUCUCUAGACCAAUUCAAGAAACAUGUGUUAUCUGAACUCAAGAUGACUGCUGAUAGAAACAAGCUGAAGGGCUUUGAAUAUAUCAAAGGGGUGAUAUUAGAGCCGCAACCAUUUGACAUGGAAAUAGACUUGGUGACUUCAACAAUGAAGAAGAGAAGAAAUAAUAUGCUCAAGUAUUAUCAAGUUGAAAUAGAUGAAGUAUACCGAAGUUUGAGUGGAGAUAAGCAUAAAGUUUGAGGUUCAUGAAACUGUCGAGGAUAAUAGUACCGGUUGUUCCCGUUCCCAAACUCCCACAUAAUCACAUAUGUUGUCCAUAGCCGGUAAUGCUGUGGUUUGUUUUGUUAGGGUACUGUGUGGCUUGUGCAGAACUGUCUAGCACCUAAUUGUCAACUGUACUGUGUGGCUAGUGCAGAAGCAUCUAGUACCUAAUUUUAAUUGAAUUUAAAAUAUAACUAAAUAAAAUGAUUUGUUUGGUACCAAA